AUGAAUAAAAUAACUAAUGAUUUAGCACAGACUGCUUCAGGAGUCAGGGUGCCGAGUGGUAUGAAGGAAAUGAUAAUGAGGAUUACACGCCGAUUUCUUCCAUCAGCUAAAGCAAGAAAUCAUAUUAUAGAAGAAGUCUUUGCCACUGAUGUUACCGAGUUGGAUGAUAAUGAUUGGCGAAUCCCUUACAUCCUGUUCUUGCAACAUCCAACUCCAGAAGUCGAUCGAAGAAUAAAAAGAAGUGCAGUCGAUUAUGUUCUUAUGGAUGGAGAUUUUUAUAGGAGAUCAGCUGAUGAUGGAUUAUUAUUUCAGUGUAUUAGCAAGUUUGAAGGUUUAAAGAUUAUGGCAAAAGUGCAUGAAGGAAUAUAUGGAGCUCACCAAGUCGACAUCAAAAUGAGAUGGUUGAUACGCCGAUAUGGAUAUUAUUGGCCUGGAAUGAGAAAAGAUUGUAUGACCUAUGCAAAGGGUUAUACAGAUUGUCAAAAGCACGGCCCAAUGCAGUAG